AUGGUUCCGAUGGGGUUCUCUACAGCCGUCGAAGCUGCUCUAGUUCCAGACGCGAACGCGAAAGCUGUUUCUGACGACACUCGCAAUGAGCCGGACACCUGCAGAGUUGCUGAUCCUAUACAACCUAAUGCAGAGCACCGAUCUCCUUCUCUUCACCCUCCGCUCGCUCCCUCACGCACUGCUGCUGGUCGCUGCCCUGAUUCCUCUCCCUUCCGUGCUGCUCUUCCUCCUCCUACUCCUAUUUAUCCUUCUCCCUUCACCGCCACUGCUGUUUUCUGCUGCUCUUCCCAGCCUUUACAAGCAGGGUUGCAUCAGUUCAAGCCGCCUUACCAUGCUCAAUACCAGACCCUACAGCAGCAGGAGGAGCAGGAGCAGGAGCAGCAGCAGCAGCCGGAGCAGCAGCAGCAGCAGCAGCAGCAGCAGCAGCAGCAGCAGCAGCAGCAGCAGCAGCAGCAGCAGCAGCAGCAGCAGCAGCAGCAGCAGCAGCAGCAGCAGCAGCAGCAGCAGCAGCAGCAGCAGCAGCAGCAGCAGCAGCAGCAGCAGCAACAGCAAGAACAGCAGCAGCAGGAGCAGCAGGAGCAGCAGCCGCAGCAUCAGCUGCAGCAUGUGGUGCUGCCAAGGGGUGGCAGCUUCCAUGAGCAACCUUCACAACCACCACAGCAGCAGCAUCUUCUCUUUCCAUCCCCUCCUCCACCUCUCUCAGUACAGCCACCAGCAGCCCUUCUUCUCAGCCCACCUUCUUCUCAGCUGUCCCGCCAACCACCACCAAUCCAGCCAUCGCCCCCUCUUGCUUGUGACACUGCCACGACAGCACAUCCAACCCCCCAAUAUGCAUCUACCUCAUCCUCUUGUGCUGCCAUCAACCCACCACGCUCUGCCAUCAACCCGCCACGCUCUGCCAUCAACCUGCCACGCUCUGCCAUCAACCUGCCACGCUCUGCCAUCAACCUGCCACGCUCUGCCAUCAACCUGCCACGCUCUGCCAUCAACCCACCACGCUCUGCCAUCAACCUGCCACGCUCUGCCAUCAACCUGCCACGCUCUGCCAUCAACCUGCCACGCUCUGCCAUCAACCUGCCACGCUCUGCCAUCAACCUGCCACGCUCUGCCAUCAACCUGCCACGCUCUGCCAUCAACCUGCCACGCUCUGCCAUCAACCUGCCACGCUCUGCCAUCAACCUGCCACGCUCUGCCAUCAACCUGCCACGCUCUGCCAUCAACCUGCCACGCUCUGCCAUCAACCUGCCACGCUCUGCCAUCAACCUGCCACGCUCUGCCAUCAACCUGCCACGCUCUGCCAGGUGUUACAUCUGCGACUCUUGGUAA